CAAGCAAUUCUCAAGCUGACCAACUUACUUUCUGACCUCGUCGCUCGUUUCAAUUCAAACCAUGACAGAUCUUACCGUACUCGUUUCACCGACUCCACGUUAUCCGAGACCUCAAUCUGCACUUGGUUUCAGCCUGAAUCUUGCUCGUCGCAGUCAGCCUGAUCUCGCAUCACCAGUCAUGGUCACUCUUGAGACAGCAGAUCCUUCGACAGCCCCUUCUUCCCCCGUCGAAGUGCGAACCUUUGACGAAGCUUUGCUUUCACCGCCCCAGCGUACAUUCAAAGGGCAUCGAAACCAGUCGAGCGUUUCCCGUCCACAGUCUGCUCCUCCCAGACACGUCUCCUUCUCUGAAGCUGUCAAGCCUCCCCCGCGACGUGUAUUCUCUACAUUUCCAACCACAUCUGCGGAUACGCGUGAGCUCCCGCGCCCAGCACCUCCUCUCUUCCGCCCGAGGACUUUUUGGCGCAAAACGAAACGUUCAGGUGUCACAGGCGCAUCCUAUUCGCCUGCUUCCCAUCUCGUACGACGCUCCACAUUUCUUGCUGCCGGUCUUUCCCUUGACGCACCUGUCGCCGACCUCAGCGCGCUUGGCGUUGAAAGUCGUGUCGCGGUCCUUGUCCUCGGCCCCGAUCAUAUCUUGCAGCUGUAUCCCAGUGUUGGACGGUGAGUGUGCACGAUGGGAAAUGAAUAUACUACAAAAACGAGCGGAGCUGGAACUUUGACCCACUGGAAUAUCAAUUAUGCGCAUGCACACAAACGUCAGGACGAUGGCCUAACAUCGUCGUCGUCGUCGUAUCUCUCUUCCUCCACAUCUCUAGAUUCAACCCUCACGGACAGCCCUACCGCUGUCCUUGACCCCGGAUCUACCAGUGCAAACGCAGCCGCCAUCAUUUCUAUCUCCGCUCUCCCUCCGCUUACCACAACUCUGCCUCACGCCCUCGCAAAGCUCCCCUACCACCAGCACCUUAAUGUCAUCUUUCUAGCCC